AUGGACGUCCGCCUGUACCCCUCGGCGCCCGCGGUGGGCGCGCGGCCCGGCGCCGAGCCGGCCGGCCUGGCACACCUGGACUAUUACCACUGCGGCAAGUUUGAUGGUGACAGUGCCUACGUGGGGAUGAGUGACGGGAACCCAGAGCUGCUAUCGACCAGCCAGACCUACAGCAGCCAGAGCGAGAGCAACGAAGACUAUGAGAUCCCCCCGAUAACACCUCCCAACCUCCCUGAGCCAUCCCUCCUGCACCUGGGGGACCACGAAGCUGGCUACCACUCACUGUGCCACAGCCUCACGCCCAACGGACUGCUCCCUGCCUACUCCUACCAGGCCAUGGACCUCCCAGCCAUCAUGGUGUCCAACAUGCUGGCCCAGGACAGCCACCUGUUGUCUGGCCAGCUGCCCACGAUCCAGGAGAUGGUCCACUCGGAGGUCGCUGCCUACGACUCCAGCCGGCCAGGGCCCCUGCUGGGCCGCCCUGCGAUGCUGGCCAGCCACAUGAGCGCCCUCAGCCAGUCCCAGCUCAUCUCUCAGAUGGGCAUCCGGAGUGGCAUCGCCCACAGCUCCCCGUCCCCGCCAGGGAGCAAGUCAGCCACGCCCUCCCCCUCCAGUUCAACUCAGGAGGAGGAAUCAGAAGCGCAUUUCAAGAUGUCGGGAGAGAAGAGACCUUCCACCGACCCAGGAAAAAAGACCAAGAACCCAAAGAAGAAGAAGAAGAAGGACCCCAACGAGCCACAGAAGCCUGUGUCGGCCUAUGCGCUCUUCUUCAGAGACACUCAAGCUGCCAUCAAGGGACAGAACCCCAGUGCCACCUUCGGGGAUGUGUCCAAAAUCGUGGCCUCCAUGUGGGACAGCUUGGGAGAGGAGCAGAAGCAGGCUUACAAGAGAAAGACCGAAGCGGCAAAGAAGGAGUAUCUGAAGGCUCUGGCAGCCUACAGGGCAAGCCUUGUCUCCAAGAGCUCCCCAGAGCAGGGUGAGACCAAAGGCACGCAGGCGAACCCGCCGGCCAAAAUGCUGCCGCCCAAGCAGCCCAUGUAUGCCAUGCCAGGCCUGGCCUCCUUCCUGACGCCGUCGGACCUGCAGGCCUUCCGCAGCGGGGCGUCCCCCGCCAGCCUGGCCCGGACGCUGGGGUCCAAGACCCUGCUGCCAGGCCUCAGCGCGUCCCCGCCGCCGCCACCCUCCUUCCCACUCAGCCCCCCACUGCACCAGCAGCUGCCACUGCCGCCCCACGCCCAGGGCACCCUCCUCAGUCCGCCUGUUAGCAUGUCUCCGGCCCCCCAGGCUCCGGUCUUGCCCACUCCCAUGGCACUGCAGGUGCAGCUGGCAAUGAGCCCCUCACCUCCAGGGCCACAGGACUUCCCUCACAUCUCCGAGUUCCCCAGCGGUUCGGGACCCCGCUCACCGGGUCCGUCCAACCCCCCGAGCAGCAGCGGCGACUGGGAGAGCAGUUACCCCAGCGCCGAGUGUGGCGUCAGCACGUGCAGGUGGGUCCCCCCGAGCACCCCACCGCCGACGAGCCGAAGAGGGGGCACAGGCCGCCCAGGGAUGGGGAGAGGCGAGGCCGUGUGGGUCACCGCGGCCCCGCAACUGUGCCUCCUGGGGCCUGGCUGCCCGGCGUCUUCACGAGAAGACGCGGAACAAAGCGAGACCCCAGAAGGACUUGGCGGGUCCGAUGCCAAGGCUCUGCUUGGGAAAGGGGCCCAGCUUCAGUCCGGCUGCACCCCCUGCUGUCCCAGUUUGCUCACGAGGGCUGUCUUGUGA